AUGCAUUCGCUGCAAAUUCUUUGCAACGACAUCCAUCCUUCAAUCAUGAUAAACGGCAGGGCCAAGGAAGGUUUAUCACUAUUGAACCUGAUGGAUAAUACUAGAUCAAUACUAGGAAGAAAAUUACUUCGAACAUGGAUUCUGAGGCCGAUUUUGAAGCAACAGGAGAUCACAGGAAGGCAAAGUUCGCUCCGAUUUUUUACUGGCCAGGAAAAUCAAGAGCUGCUGAUGGCUUUACAAGACCAGCUCAGAUUUGUGAAGGAUGUUCCAAGAAUAUUGAUCCGAAUGAGGAAUUCUUCCGCCAGCUUGAGUGAUUGGAUAAAUUUGACCACUUCCCUCAAAAGCCUGUCAACAAUUCACGAGAUUUGCAGAAACGCUUUGAAAUCAUCAAAGCAGAUGACAUCUCCUAUCAUGGAUCAAGUGAUUGAUUUCGAAGACAGUAGAGCUCGAAAGCGAAUCUCAGUUGCAAGCGGAGUGGACGAGGAGCUCGAUCAGGACAAGCGCAACUACGACUCACUUGGACAAUUCCUUGAAGACAUUGCGCAGCAGGAGGUUGACGAUCUUCCUGAUUCAAUGGAAGGGUUGAAAAUAUCUGUCGUUUUCUUUCCUCAACUAGGCUACUUGGUAGAUUUUUCCCCUAUUCUGGAUCAUGAAACCCCCUCAAUGUGCUCUCAGGUUGCAUCUCCAAACAUUGCAAAUGUUACAAUUCCGGGGAUGGAAAUGCAUUUUCAGACUGAAGAAUACGUCUACUGGAAAUCUCAAAGAAUGCGAGAGCUUGAUGAAAAUGUUGGUGAUAUUUGGGGGAAAAUUUGUGACAGAGAGUUCGCCAUAAUUAAUCGAGUCCGAGAAAAAUUACUGGAAUUUGAUGAUGAGCUUGUUGAUACAUGUAAAGUUGCGGCAGCGCUUGACUGCAUACUUGGAUUUGCAAUGAUUGCUGUCGAGAGGAAUUACUGCGAACCACGCAUUGUACAAGAACCAGUGAUCUACAUAGAAGAUGGCAGGCAUCCUUUGUGUGAACUUUGCACGGAUGUUUUCAUUCCAAACAACUCUAUAAUUCAUGAGAAUCAAUUGGGAUCACGCAUACAAAUGAUAAGUGGGCCAAACUACAGCGGAAAAAGUAUAUAUUUAAAGCAGGUCGCAUUGAUAUCUUUUAUGGCACAUAUUGGCUGUUGGAUUGGCCUCAUUGAUAGGAUAUUCUCACGAAUACAAACCCGAGAGACCUGUGCUGUGGCAAGGUCUACAUUUGCAAUAGACUUGUCACAGAUUGCUGUCAUGAUCAGAUGCAGUACAACUCGGUCGCUCCUCCUUAUAGAUGAGUUUGGUAAGGGUACGAAUGCAACAGAUGGAGUCGCAAUUUUGGCUGCAACUAUAAAGCAGCUUGAUAGUCGCAAAGAACUUUGCCCGCGAACGAUAGUCACCACACACUUCAAUGAAAUGUUUGGGGAUAAGGGAGUCCUUUCGUCAUGCUCACAAAUAUCCUACUGUACGAUGGAGGUAAUUCAAUGCAUGCGUGAAGAAGUCAUGAAUGGAGACAAUCAGGAUCUUACACAGAUUCCCAAACUCGUUUUCUUAUAUAAAUUGGUCCAGGGAUUGAGCAUGGAUAGUAAUGGGUAUCAUUGCGCAAUUCAAGCAGGAAUUCCAGAGCUUAUAGUUCAACGAGCAAAAGUGAUUGCAUCGAAGCUUUCAAACAACGAACCAAUAGAAAGAUUCAAAGAAGACAACUUUCGACAACGUGCUGUUUUCAUUGUAAACCUUUUCAGCAAAUUCGAUGUGGACGCAGGAAAUAUCCAGAGCUUUCUUGAAGAUAUAGGAUGCUGA